ACCAUUCAUUUCAUAGUGUUUUCAAAUACUUCAAUUUCUCUAUUCAAAAAUGAAGUGUAUUUUUCUCAGGGUUCAUCUUCUUCUCUUCUUCUUGUCAAAGAUUGCCAAUGGAGAUGUGCUCUUCUCAUCACUCACACACUCUCUUUAUGUCGUCGCUUCGCCUACAGAUGGUCAAGUCUUAAAAGCUGGGGAAGAUCGUAUAACGGUUAGCUUGGGGUUGAACCCUACGAACCAAACCGACGAUGAAUCAUACAAGAAUGUGAAAGUGAAGCUAUGUUAUGCACCGAUAAGCCAAGUGGACAGAAAAUGGAGGAGAACAGUCGACAAUCUUGAAAAAGACAAAACCUGCCAAUUUACAGUUUGGGAUAAACCUUACGACGGGAAUAACCAAACCUUUGAGUGGGAGGUCGAGAAAGAUAUUCCUACGGCCAUGUAUUUUGUAAGAGCAUACGCUUACAAUUCUUCCCAUCAAGAAACUGCUUACGGUCAAACCACAAACGAUAAGAAGACCAGUAACCUGUUUAAGGUCGAAGGUAUCACCGGGCGCCAUCUGUCUCUCGAUAUUGCCUCCAUUUGCUUUUCUGUAUUUGCUUUGUUGUCACUAGUCGGGUUCUUCUUACUAGAGAAACGACAGUCCAAAAUCAAAAGUUGAUUUUUCGUAUAAGAUAAAAUGAUUAUUUUC